CUGUACAUUAAAGCAUGCGGGACCGUUUCCUGUGUUCCCAGGAAGUAGUUUUUUCAGCAAGUAAACAAAUAAUAGCAAGAGUGCUCUAAAUUGGAAAUAGGAAUGGCAGAACAGACGGUAACAGUGACAGUUGCAUACGGCUCUACAAAACAUAGCAUUACAGUGACGGGACAGGACGGAAGUGAAGCUACGGUUAAAGACUUGUCAGAUGCCCUUGCUCAAGCGACUGGAGUUCCAGCCCCAUCACAGAAAAUUAUCUUUAAAGGGAAAUCUUUAAAAGACAUGGAAGAGAAGCUCUCCAGCUUUGGAGUGAAACAAGGCUGUAAGCUUAUGAUGAUUGGGAAGAGGAAUAGUCCAGAGGAGGAAGCGGAACUCAAGAAGCUAAAAGACAUAGAGAAAUCUGUGGAGCAGGCGGCCAAAAAGCUGGAAAAAGUAGAUGGAGAACUAACCGGUCUCAAGAACGGCUUUCUCGCCAAGGACCUUCAGGCGGAGGCGCUGAGCAAACUGGACCACAGAGUCAAGGUUGCCUCGGAGCAGUUUAUGAAGAUUCUGGAACAGAUUGAUUCACUGAGCUUACCAGAGAAUUUCAACGAUUGUCGAAUGAAGAAAAAGGGACUAGUGAAAAUAGUUCAGGAUUUCCUGGCCCAGUGUGACAAAGUCGAGGCUGGUAUAUCAGAUCAUCUAGCGAAGAUCCAGUCCAAAAACAUGGCACUGGUAGACUAAGGUCACCUAGUCCUCCCUUCUAUCAUGUAGGAUCCCCUUCUGCUCUGCCGGUGGCCAACAGUCAUAUAUACAUUGCUCUGUGAGCAAACGGAUAUAAUAACUGCACUGAAAGCUUCAAUUGUGGAUCUGUUGCCUGUGGAUUUAUUGACUACAGCGAUGAUCCUGUCUGGUCAUUUGUGGGUCCCUCCCAACCUUAAACAAAAUCGAAGCCAGUUGGUCUCCGGUUUUCAUCAUGGCUACACGAAUGUUCAUGUAUCAUUAAAGGCAUUCAAAAGAAAGAAAAAAAAAAAAAA